UUUGGUCACAUGAUGUAGGUGAUUAUGCUCCAGAUGAAUAGCACACUGGAAUUAGCAUCUUUGUGCACAAGAUCUCGAUCGGGCAAUCUCCAAUUUCUGGACAGUCUUCUUGGAGCAUAUCCGGGGCUGGACGUGAAUUUCGUGGACGAUGGAGGCCUCACACCGCUCAUGCAUUGCGUCGUGGGAAGCGCUGAGAGUGCUGGACAACACGCUGAAUGCUGUCAAGUGCUCUUGGACGUGGGAGCGACUCCUGAAUUUGCUGAUGCGAUAGAGGGACGGACUGCUUUGCAUUGGGCAGUCGUCGUAGAGAGAGAGGACGUCGUGUCUCAGCUUUUAGUUGCUGUUCCCGGAGGGGAAGAGGGUGUGGAUGUCACUCAGCCAGACUUUCAUAAUAACACAGCCAUUGACAUAGCUGUUCAGCAACAUCCUCCUCGCUGUCUGGCCAUAUUUGUUGCUAAUAUGCAUGCCGAUCUUCUUCAAAUUGCUGACAGUGAAGGCUUGACACCAUUGGUUAAAGCAAUACAAAAGGGAAAUACAGAUUCUGUAAACUUGCUUCUCAAUUCAAACGUCAAAGUGAAUGUGACCGGUGGAUCUCAUGGAUGGACUCCAGUACACUGGGCUUGUCAUGCUGACCAACCAGACAUUCUGUCUCUUCUCUUGCGAAGUGGAGCAGAUGCCAAUAUUGCUGAUGUUGAGCAGAAGACUGCAAGUCACAUUGCUUCUAUUAGUGAGAACUCAGACUGCAUAGGUGUAUUGAUCAAACAGCUUGGAGUGGCAGUGGCGCAGAGUGGUGAUCACCAAGGAAUCACCCCUCUCAUGUAUGCAUGCGGAGUUGGAAAUGAUAAACAUGUAAAAGUGAUGCUGAAGAAAAAGUUGCACUUGUCUGUGUUUAUUGGUUUCUAUAAUGUUUUUGUCAAUCUGUUACAUGAGAAACACAUUUUGAAUAGUCAGAAACCAGGCAGUUGCAUGGAUAGGUGUAUUAACAAGGUAGUUGCUUGGAAGGUGGAUGCUAUGGCUGUUGACUUAGAUGGUCAGACUGCACUUCACUGGUGUAAAGAAAACCAACAUUCAAGAUGUGUUGAUCUGUUGUGCAAACAAUAUCCUGAAAUUCUGAAUAAGCGGGAUGCUCAGUUUCAGAUGCCAUUACACCAUGCAGCAACUGCUGGGAAUUCAGUCGUCUGUAUGGCGCUCUGUCAGCAACAAGGAAUACAGUUAGAUUGUAUGGACAAUGAUCAACACACACCAGCACACUGGGCUACAGUGAGUGGGCACACGGAUGUGUUGGCGUGUCUCGGUGAAUAUGGAGCCAAUCUGUCAUUACCUGAUGUCAAUGGAGCACAUCCAUUACAUUAUGCUGUCCAACUUUGUAGUACAGCUACAGUUGAUGGUGAUCUAAAUGAAAACAUCAUGAUCAGAGGAAUGGACUGCAUUCGAGUACUACUAGAGAGAGGCUGUCAAGUUGACGUGAGAGACAAUGAAGAAAGGACCCCUCUUAUGUGGGCAGUUACAGCUGAUGGCAUGAGUGAAGUGUGUGCUUUGUUAUGUCACAAUGGUGCUGAUGUGAAUGCUCACGACAGUCUUGGAAUGACAACUCUUCAUAUUGCUGUCAACACAUUUCAUCCAGAUGAGUGUGUAACUCUUGUGUCUGAACUGGCAGCUGAUGUGAAUGCCGUUGACGUUAAUCAUCACAGUCCACUCUUUGUUGCUGUGUCACAAAAUGCCACUGAUUUAGUGGCUUUCUUGCUGCAAUCUGGAGCAACACCUGACAAACAAGACAAAGACAUGAUGAGUGUCGCUCACAUUGCUUCGUCACUGGGUAAUCUUGAAAGUUUGGAAUUAAUUCACUCACAUGUUGGUCACAUUGACAUGAAAAACAACAGAGAUGCUCGACCAUUACAUGAAGCAGCUGGCAAUGGUCAUUCAGCUUGUGUACAGUUCUUGCUAAAGGCAGGAUGCAGUGCUGACAGCACUGACAUUGAUGGAGCCACACCACUUCACUUUGCUGCUGCAGGCAAUUAUGUUGAUGUCUGUUCGUUGCUAAUAAAUGCAAAAGCAGACGUUAAUGCUGCAGUGACAAAUCAAGGUGUUGUUUUGACGCCUCUUGAUUUUGCUGAGGCAAGCAGUGCUUUUAAUGCCAUGCAAGAGAUUCAGUCAGCAGGAGGUGUGUUUGGUCGACAAUUGCAGGAAGCACCAAGAGAAGAUUGGUUGAAGUCUAUUAAAGAGGAAGAAGAAAUUCAGAAUGUUGAUGAAAGUGUGGCAAGUGAUUUAGAGGUGAAGCGGGAAGAAGUUUUUAAACCAGCGAUGUCUUGCAUUGAAGAGAUUACAACUGAUCAAGGAGACAGUGAGACAACAACAGAUGAGCAUGCUGUGGAAAACAAGCAAGAAAAAGAGACGGACAUGCAAGAACUGAAUAGAAAGGAAACAAUAGAAGAUAGCAAAAAAUCAGAGAAUAGCAGAGACAUUGAAGCAGAAGUGAUGCACAGACAACCUGAUGGUGAAGAAGAUGAAGAAGUGAAGCAAACAAAGGAAGAGCUACGUGAUCCUCAUGUCAGUACUAGAACCAAGCUUGACAAAGAGGAAAUGCAAAGUAAGAUUGAAAGAGAGGACAACUUAGAUGAACCUAAAGAAAGAGGAAUCACAGAGCAAACAGAGACUACAAUAUUAGGAGAAGAAACGGAAGAGAAAGAAUAUGGCAAGAAAGAGAAAGAUUUACGAACAACAGAAGCAAAUAUAAAUGGUUGUCACAUUCAUGAAUCAAACAUUAGCCCUGACAGAGACAACACAUUAGAUGACACUGAGCAGGUGGAAGGUGCUGCCGCCUGUGAAGAAGAAAGCAGGCUUCUGACUGAAGAUGAAGUAGUUCAACCUGCUGUGAUUGAAGACACAAAGGCUGUUGUGGAAGAUAUAGAGACAAGAGACAUAGAAACAUAUGAUCGAGAUGAUAACAAAAGACGAGUUCAAGAUGUGACUGUACACACAGUCAUGCCAGACAGUCUAGCUUCAUUGUCUGUUACUCAGGCAUUUGCCCAACCAACUAUGGUUGCUGCUGAUACUGUUGAUCAGACACUCACAGAAAGUGACACUAAGCCUAACCAUUUAUUGCCAACUCUUACACCUUCCAAGCAAAUGCAACAAUUUAAAUGGAAGCACUCAGAUACACCAACAGUUAGCAGUAAGCAAAAACAUGCAAAGAGUACUGUGGCCACUGGUUGUGCUUAUGGAGGUUUGUUAGCUGGAGUAAGUGUAGGUGCAGCACCACAGAAAAAACACAUUGUUCAGCAGCUAGUGACAGUUCUACCCUAUUUGAAGAACAUUUCGCUUGAGAUUGGGAAUGAUGAAUCAACAGAAUUACAGAGACUGGAGUCGGCACCUGCUGACAACAGAGCAGAGAUUCAGGAAUUUGUGAAAAGUGAAGAGGCUGACACUGCACCAGAUAGCUUAAUGCUAAAGGAAACUGUUGGUCCAUCAGCAGCUUUAAGUUAUUUGAAAGCUGUAGAGAAUGAAACCAAGACAAAGGCUAUGGAAACAGAACUGGCAAAAGAUGAUCAACCAAUGCAGCACAAUGAAGACAUUUGUGUUGCUGAGGAAGGACGAUCAACUGCAGUGACACAUACUGUGAACAACAUUCAAGACGAUAAUGUUAUGAUAGAUAUUUCAACAGUUGGAAGUGACGAGAAACGAGGAAGAGCGGUGCAAAAGAGUGAUUUGCUGGCAAUUGAUGAGAAAGAAGCAGUCUUUGUUGAUGAUGCAGAACUCAAGAAGCAGUCACUUGCAACUGACAAACAACCUGAUUUAGCUACUGAGACACAAGCCACUGUGCCAAGAAUUCAGAAUGCUCCAGAUCCUGAAAUAAAAUUAGUUGAGUCAGUGGUUGUAGACGCUAGCAAGACGGUCUCUCACCAGCCAGCUGAUCACAUUUUGCCUACUCAGAAUCCACCUGCUCUUGCAUCUCCUCUUAUUUCAGCAACAUUAGUUGGUUAUGAUGCUGGUGAAACAUUACACUCAGCUUUACCUACUGCUGAUUUUCAAACUUCAGAACUUCAUUUUUCUCCUACAGCUUCCUCUGCUGCUGUGAUCCCACUGAUGGGUCAUCAUGUUAGUGAGAAGAGCCCUGGAUCUCUAAUUGAGGCUGUAAGAGCACAGAUUGAUCAGAGAGUUGCUGAUGGAGGGAACACAGUUGCACAGGAAGAGCAAGAAGCACAACAGACAUGUGAUACAGAUGAACAGAGACAUGAUCUUCUUAGUGAUGAAGAAAAGAAGCUAAUAGAAACUCUAAGAAUGAAACAAGAACGACCAACAAGUGCUGCUGCUCGUGCAAUGAAAGAACUAGCAAGGGCCCAUGCCAUGCAACUUCGAAUGGUGCGCAAUGUUGAACAAGCGAAGUUGGAGCGAGAAUGCAAUGAGAAAGCACAACGUAUUGCAGCUUUGGAUGAGAAAGCGAGUUUACAGGCGAGUACUGAAGAUAGAAAGUAUGAUGAUUGGCUCAAGAAACUGGACAGUCAGUGCAAGAGUAUGACAAAAACAAUUAGUAAAAGCACAGCUGAGGCUGCACUACAGAACCAACAGUUUGGGUCAGUGCUUGCACACUGUGGUGGCAGUAAACGACCUACAGUAGCGCAGUGGCUUGAAAAUAAGUUGCAGCAGCAACGUUCCACUAUGCAAGAAGAGCUGAUUUAUUUGGACAGAACUAGAACACAGAGAGAAGGAAUAGUAGCAACCGCAAAAGUAGUUGCUGACUCUCGAGCUGAAAGACAUCGCAGCUGGGAUAAGCAGAGGCAGUUACAGAACAGAAUAAAGAAUAUUAAACAGAAGCACAAUGAACUCAUAUCUACAGCUUUCAUAUUUUCAGCAAGACCAAUGCGUAAUCCAUAUGUCUAUGAUGUGAACAAUUCUCAGUCAUCUAACAGCCAGAAUCGGCUUCCCUCUAUAUCUGCUUCAUCUGGAUUGACCAACCAACGACAAUCUAAUCAGAAAUCUACUCAACCUGUACAAAUGAAGAAAUACCAAGUGACUCCAACUUCACAACAAAAGACUAAAGACAAGACUAGACAGGCUUCACCUACCAUCGUCAAAAUCACAACUAGUGGGUUUGAAAAGUCACCAGAAGUGGUUCAGGUGCAACAGACAAAGCGAGCAUCACGGAUUGACGUUGGCUCUGAAGAGCUAUGGGACUUUGGAGAACGACUUUUGUCAGGGGAGGUUGGUAGCACUAAUUGUCACUUUAAAGAGAGAAAGCCAGUCCACUUUGUCUCUCCGAAUCAGUACAGACCACUCAUAUUGCCAAGACCUUUCAGCGCUAUUACUAAACAACGUCUGUCGUUUGGAGUACAGAAAUCAAGAAAGAGGCCAACUUCAGCCAGUUGAGUGUUGUAGAGAAAAGUGUUCCAAAGCAUAAUUUUUUGUGACCAAUAUGUCUUUUCUAGCUUUUUAACGGUUUUGUAUUAAUAGUUGGAUCGAGGUUUGAUACGGAUACAGUUUUAGAAUGGUUUUAUGAUUAUAAUCAAUUUCUAGUCUCAUGUACAGUAAUCAGACAAUUUCCCUCCUCACUUCUUUUGACCAGUAAUAGAGGAAGUGAUCAAGGAGGGAGAAAAAAGUUUGAGUACACAUGAGACUGUCACUAAUCAAUUUCUGUGU